AUGGCGCAGCACACGCAAGCUGUCCUUAAUCUAUCCGCUGCAGUCGAAGCUGGCGCGGCCCGCGUCCUAGGGCACUGUCAGACCUUCCAGCAGCUAUUCCAACCUCGCAGGAUGUCGGAGAUCGGCUUGACGGACCAGUUCAUGAUAGGCGCAAAGGCCCAGGCGGGGACUGCGCUUGUCAUGGACUGGAUGAACGCGGAGAACACCUCGGGAGCCGACAUGGUCUUCACCUCUGGUGGUGUGACAUAUGUCUUCCAAGCCAAGGUCGCUGAGCGCGUCGGUACCCAGCUAUCGGCCGACUUCCUUUACGAGAGCACCAUCAAAGUGAACGGCCAGACUGUCACCAAUUUCCAAGCCGUGCUCCUCGCAGACUACGCGGCGUCGAUAAAUGGACGAGCGUAG